AUUUCACCCAUCUUUCACCAUGGCCGAUUUGACAGAUAUAGAUGUCUUUGAGUAUCUUGAAAAGACUCUUGCGGAGCGCAUCAUGUUCCUUGACGGCGCCAUGGGCACCAUGGUCCAGCGCUUGAAACUUCAAGAAGAGGAUUUUCGCGGUCAGGAAUUCAUUGACUGGGAAAAGGACCUGAGAGGCAACAACGAUUUAUUGACUCUGACCAAACCUGAUGCCAUUUACAACAUUCAUCGCCAAUAUCUCGAAGCGGGCUCGGAUAUGGUCGAAACGAAUACUUUCAGUUCGACUUCCAUUGCUCAAGCCGAUUAUGGCCUUGAAAAGUACGCUUAUCGCUUGAACAAAGAGGGUGCUGCUUUGGCAAAGAAGGCUUGUCAGGAUGUUACGAAAGCCACCGGGAUCCCUCGAUUCGUUUGUGGUGCCGUUGGUCCCACCAAUCGUACAGCUUCCAUUUCUCCUUCGGUAGAAAAUCCGGCUUACCGCAACGUGACAUUCGACGAAUUGGUGGAAGCUUAUGCCGAGCAGGUUCGUGGUCUUUUGGAUGGUGGUGCGGAUAUUUUAUUGGUCGAAACCAUUUUCGAUACCUUGAAUGCCAAAGCCGCCGUCUUUGCCAUUGAUGUGGUCUUUGAGGAAGAGGGUCGCUCCAAGGUACCUCUGUUGAUUUCUGGCACCAUUGUCGAUCAGAGUGGUCGUACACUUUCUGGGCAAACCGGUGAAGCCUUUGUCACCUCUUUGAAGCACGCCGAUCCUGUCGCGUUUGGUCUCAACUGCGCUUUGGGUGCUCCCCAAAUGAAGCCUUUCAUCCAAAACAUUAGUCGCUUCACGGACGCUCACAUCAUCUGUUAUCCCAACGCUGGUCUUCCUAAUGCCAUGGGUGAAUAUGACGAAAGUCCCGAAGCAAUGGCAAAGAAUGUGGAACCAUUUGCUCAAGAAGGUCUCGUUACCAUUGUUGGUGGAUGCUGUGGUACGACACCCGAUCAUAUCAAGGCGGUUGCUGAGGUGUGCCGAAAAUAUCCUCCUAGACCCAAGCCAAAGAAGAAUGACGAUGUGAUGUUGUUGUCGGGCUUGGAAGUGCUGCGCGUGAAUGAAAUGACCGGUUUCGUCAACGUGGGUGAACGUUGUAACGUGGCAGGUUCGCGCAAGUUUUGCCGUCACAUUUUGAAGGGCGAAUACGAAGAUGCUUUGGCCAUUGCUCGUUCUCAAGUCGAAAACGGUGCGCAAGUGGUGGAUUGCAACUUUGACGAAGGUCUUUUGGAUGGCAAAGCGGCCAUGACGCGCUUUUUGAACUUGAUUUCUUCGGACCCCGAUUGCGCCAGAGUGCCGUUGAUGGUCGAUUCGUCCAAUUUCGCCGUCAUUGAAGCCGGUCUAAAGUGUGCUCAGGGCAAAUGUAUCGUGAACUCCAUUUCUCUCAAAGAAGGCGAAGAAGAAUUCAUAAAGAAGGCCAAAAUCAUCAAACGCUUUGGUGCAGCCGUCGUCGUCAUGGCAUUUGAUGAAGUGGGUCAGGCAGCAGAAGCUGAUCGCAAAGUUGAAAUUUGUACCCGCUCCUACCGCAUUCUCGUCGAUAAAGUCGGCUUCAAUCCCUACGAUAUCAUUUUUGAUCCGAAUAUUCUCACCAUUGCUACCGGCAUGGAGGAGCACAAUAAUUAUGGUGUGGAAUUUAUCGAAGCUUGUCGUAUUAUCAAACAAACUCUCCCUGGUGCCAAGAUCAGUGGUGGUGUGUCCAAUUUAUCCUUUGCUUUCCGUGGUAUGGAUAAAGUGCGUGAAGCUAUGCAUUCCGUUUUCUUGUUCCACGCUGUGAAAGUAGGCAUGGAUAUGGGUAUUGUCAAUGCCGGUUUCUUGACAGUAUAUGAUGACAUUCCCAAAGAUCUAUUGGAGCUUUGUGAAAAUGCGGUAUGGAAUCGCGAUCCUGAGGUGACCGAGAAGUUGCUGGAAUACGCGAAAUCGCAUUCCAAGGAUGCCAAGAAAGAUGAGGAUUUGGAAGAAUGGCGCGCCUGGCCCGUCACCGAACGUAUCACUCACGCUUUGGUCAAGGGUAUCAUGAAAUACAUUCUCGAAGAUACGGAAGAAGCACGACAAGAUAAGGCAAAAUAUCCCCGAGCCCUGAACGUAAUUGAAGGCCCCUUGAUGGCCGGUAUGAACGUCGUCGGUGAUCUCUUUGGUAAGGGCAAGAUGUUUUUGCCCCAGGUUAUCCGAUCCGCAAGAGUCAUGAAAAAGGCGGUGGCUCAUUUGGUGGAAUACAUCAAGGUCGAAAAGGAGGAGGAUAUGCUUAAAUCUGGAGCAACGGAGAUAAAGGGCAAUGGAACCAUCGUCAUGGCCACCGUGAAGGGUGAUGUGCACGAUAUCGGUAAAAAUAUUUGCGGUGUCGUGUUGGGUUGCAACAACUACCGUGUCAUCGAUAUGGGUGUCAUGGUUCCCUGUGAUCAGAUUAUUGCGAAAGCCAUUGAAGAAAAGGCCGAUGUCAUUGGUCUUUCAGGCCUCAUCACUCCUUCUUUGGAAGAAAUGGUUAUCGUCGCCAAAGAAUGCCAAAAAGCCGGUCUCAAGAUUCCCAUUCUCAUUGGUGGUGCGACGACAAGCAAGAUGCAUACUGCCGUCAAAAUCGCUCCGCAGUACCAGUCCCCUGUCGUCUAUGUCUUGGACGCUUCACGUAGCGUGCCUGUCGUCGCCAGUUUGCUAGAUGACAACCAAAGAGAGGAUUUCGCCGAAGACAUUCGUGAAGAAUACGACGAAUUGCGCGAAGAGUACUAUGAAGGUUUGGAAGAAAAGCGUCUGCUAUCGAUUGAUGCGGCUCGGGAGAAGAAGUUGCGCAUCGACUGGAGCAAAUCCUUGCCUCCAGGCAAGCCCAAAUUUUUGGGCACACAUGUCCUGAAAGAUUAUCCUCUUGAAAAGUUGCUUGAUCGUAUCGAUUGGAAUCCCUUCUUCCAAGUGUUCCAGUUGCGCGGUCGUUAUCCUAACCGUGGUUUCCCAAAGAUUUUCGAUGAUGAGAACGUUGGUGCUGAAGCGAAACGUGUGUACAACGACGCUCAAGUGAUGCUCAAGGAAAUCCUAAAGGACAAGUCGUUGCAAGCACAUGGUAUCGUCGGUUUCUACCCUGCCAAUUCCGUAGGCGAUGAUAUUUACGUGUACAAGGAUGAGUCAAGAGAGGAAAUUGCCCAAAUAUUUUACGGUUUGCGUCAACAAUCGGAAAAGGAAACGGACGAUCCUUACUACUGUAUUUCCGACUUUGUGGCGCCUCGCGAAACCGACAUUGCUGAUUACAUUGGUAUGUUUGCCGUCAGUACCGGUUUUGGCUGUGAAGUAUUAGAAAAGAAAUACGACGACGAUCACGAUGAUUACUCGAGCAUUAUGGUGAAGGCUUUAGCGGAUCGUCUUGCCGAAGCAUUUGCCGAAAUUUUGCACGAAGAAGUGAGAAAGGACCAUUGGGGUUACGCUUCGGAUGAAACGUUGUCUCCUGCGGAAUUAUUCGCUGUUCGAUACCAAGGUAUUCGUCCCGCUCCCGGUUACCCAUCGCAACCCGAUCACACAGAGAAGAAGACAAUGUGGGACUUAGGUAAUAUUGCAGAACAGACUGGUAUCACUCUCACGGAUUCGCUGGCCAUGAAUCCUCCUGCUAGUGUCAGUGGUUUAUAUUUUGGACACAAAGAAAGCACCUACUUUGCCGUCGGCAAAAUCGACAAAGACCAGAUCGUGGAUUAUGCCGCCAGAAAGAAGAUGCCCGUGGAAGAUACCGAGAAAUGGCUCAACACCAUCCUUGCUUAUGAUACAUAGUUCUCUACUAGACUGAUAUAUUUCUUUAUUUUAUAUUCCUUGCCUUGACCAAAAAAUAAUCGAAUAAAAAAAAGAGUUGUGAUAUCCACAAUCAGCCGCCUAGAAUAAAUACUAUUACCCUGUAUCUGAUACCUGUAUAGUGCCCUGCCAAAUUUUGUUUUAUCCCGAUAAAUUUAUUGUCUUUUUUCAUCUUUCAGUUCUUUUUUCUUGAGAAAUGAAGAAAUAAUAAAAUAAAUUGCAAGGAAGCAAAAAUCAUGACUUGGUCCUUUUUUGGCGGGGAGUGCGGGGUUCUUGUCAUAUUACCUUGGCCU